GCGCGACUUCCGCUUUGAGUGUCAAAUAUGGCCACGUCCAGACUAGAGAUCAAUUUCAUCAGGUUAUUAUCACGCUGUGAAUCUCUGGCUUCAGAGAAAAGAGGCGAGACAGAAUGGAGACUAGAAAAGUAUGUUGGUGCUCUGGAGGAGAUGUUUGUAGCCCUUAAAAAGAGUUCAAGCAAACCAACACCGGAAAUCCUUACAGACUACAACCGCAAGGUGGAUUUCCUGAAGGGUCUCUUAGAGGCAGACAAACUGCCAUCUCCAGCAGAGAAGUCUUUAGCGAAUCAGUUUCUGGCUCCUGGACGGACACCUACGAUUUCCAGCGAGAGAACGCCGGCCAGUAAGACGGUGCACAUACAGAGUAAAGCGAGAUGUGCUGAAGAAAUGAGGAAGGAACUAAUGAGCACCGGUGUGUCAAAUUCCGGUUCACUGGAGACGGAUCUCAGACACAGAAAGAGUUUUCCUGUAGACGAGCGACAGUCGGCGACAGAGCUGGACGCUAUUCUACAGCAUCAUAACAAUCUCCAGGAGAAACUGGCCGAUGACAUGCUGAACCUCGCUCGCAACCUGAAGAACAACUCGCUCGCGGCUCAGAACAUCAUAAAGCAGGACAACCAGACCCUCACUCAGUCCAUGCGUCAGGCCGACAUGAACUUCGAGAAGCUGAAGACCGAGUCGGAUCGCCUGGAACAGCACGCCAAGAAAUCCGUCAACUGGUUCCUGUGGCUGAUGCUGAUCUUGGUCUCCUUCACGUUUAUCAGCAUGAUCCUGUUCAUAAGACUGUUCCCGAGACUCCGAUGAUGUUCGUCAUCAUUAGAUGUGCUAGAUUUAAUUUAUCUAUAACCGCAGGUUUACGUGUAGACGCUAGCCAAUGGUCGUAGAGUUGAAUGACAGCCUCAAUCUCUCGAUGUCAUUCCCGUGAAAAUCCACAUUACCUGCAUGCAUGUCAUGAAGAAUUCGAGUUGAAUCCCUGUGACGCAGCUAAUUCUAAAU